UAUCGGUUGUGAAUUUAUUCCAGCGUACGAAUGGGUUGAAUCCUGGCGGGAUCCAAACUUCUUCUGCAAUUAUCAGGUCAAGAUAGCUCUGAUCAACCCUUCUCCGUCCAGUCACGAGUAUCGCACCAAAUCCAGUUUUGGAUCUUGUCAAGUUUCUCAAGCCCUUCCACUCUAACUAUUCCCAUACGUUAUAUAGUUGGCUUACUAGUGUCGGAUGUUCUAACCAGUUGUUUGUCGGUUUUGCUACUUUGGGCCAUCUUAUAACUUGACGAAAUUUGGCGACGUCAGUAUUAAAUCGAAUUAUUCUUGACAGACUUUUCCUUAAGACAACAUUGGGGUCAUUAUAUUUACCCGAAAGACUUGUCUUAACGCGAAUUCAUAAUUGAAGUUUGAUUGUAUUUUCAAAACUAAAUAUUAUUCAUCAGCAUCAAGAUUUACAACCAUUCAAUAAAAACAUAUUCAUCUUCACAGCGUUGUGCUUCAACAACGGUAGCUUUGUGCAAUUUGAAAGCUAAACAUUACUAAAAAUCAUCAAGAGCUUCAACCACUUCUUCCAUACCCUGCGGCGAAACAUUUUAUUCUUGAAACCAUCUAUUUUUUAACCGAAUACCGGCACUUCACCAACCAUGUCGAUCAUACCCGAUGUCUUCAAAUGGCGCCAGCAGAGAUUCAUUGUGACGCCCAAGGACACGGAGUACACAUUACGGUACCUGGGGAGUAUGCGUACCCUGAGAUCCCGGGGAGAAUCCUGCUGCGAUUACCCCAUCAAGAAGAUCUGGAAACAUACGGAAGGAGGCGAGAGAUACGUCAAGGCCAAAAUGUACUUGGGAACGAAAGGAAUGCGACUUGUGCGAGCUGGAGGUGUUUCCAGUAACGGUGAUAGGAAAGGGGACAGGGAACAAUUCUUUCAUCUUCAUCGGAUUAACUGUUGCCGAACGAGCGACCAGCACCCGACGGUGUUUGCUUGGAUAUACCGCCAUGAGCUCCCGAGGCUACAGGUAUCCUUAAGAGUCCACGUAGCAGCUUGCCACAAAGACGACCAAGCCCACGAGAUAGCCAACACCAUCACGGAUAUGUAUCAGACCGCCUUCGACCUGUUCAAACGCGAGAAAGCCAUCAACAAAAAGAAACUCGAGCAGCGUUCCUCCAUGUCCAUCCCCAGUAGCCCUAGCUCACUCAGCGUUAUCGAGAGGAGCUGGAGCGAAGAAAGCGAGGACGGCGACGACUCCGACGAGGAGGAUACGAUUUCGAUGACCGAGGCUCUGCCCCCGACGCCGCUGCGACGGAUCAUCAACGCGCGGUGUUCGUUCAAGCCGCCGUUGGCGCAUCGCCUGAGCCUGCAGACCCAGAUGCUGGUCAUUCGGGAGAGCCGCUACGAGGGCAAGGAGAACCCGAAGGUGAGGUACAGCUUCGAUAAGGUCGGGAUCCUCGACAGUCCGACCCUGAAACGGGAGGAGGAAAAGUUUGAGGAUUUCCAGCCGGCAGACUUGGAGCUCUGAGCAGCCUUGAACUAUCCAUCUCAAAUGAAACAUUUUGUACGAUGCUCUCACUACAGGAUUCGAAUUCCCGGGUAAAUCUGUUCAUACUGUAGGUGAACAUAUUGAAGUGCUUUUUUUGUACGACGGAUGUUUCUAUCACGUUAAACGAAUGGACAAACUCCGCGUGCGUCAACUCUUGAGGUUUCGUCUGUCGUCCGGUUCUUGUUACUGUUUGGGGGCGAAUCAGCGUUGUGCCGAAAUGUCGAUAACACGCCAACAAGAGUACGUCCUCGUCAAAGAAAAAUAACGAUUUAUACACAGGAC